AUGAGCACGGAUGUUCUCUUGUAUCGACAAGUUGGUGCUGUUAAAUGCGGUCAAACGGAGAGAUUCAUAAUAAAAUACACACCUCAGCCAGACCAUGACGCAAAUAGCAACCCUAUACCACCAAACCUUUGGCUCAAGGUUAAGAAUACCGAACUGAUUGCAUUGAGAGCAGCAUACUUGGCUGGACCGUACGUCUUGUACGUGGAUUGCACGCCUGAGGCAUACGAUUCACAGAAACAAUGCUUUAUCACGGCAGACCAACCAGUCUUUGAACCUCAGUUGCUACCUGGCCAAUCUGUGUACGCAGAACUCUCAUGUCACAGCUUGAAGCCAACUUAUACUUGGACGGUCGAUGUUGUCUCUCAAACAAUAUUCAACAACACUAUAAACGUGGAUUUUGAGAUAACUAUCGGGACCAGUAAGAAAAUUUUGCAUGACUUAUCAUUCCAAAAUGAUAGCCAACCCAUUCCCAAUAGUGACAAGUUGGGAACAUUCGUCCUGUCAGACAUACUUUUAGUUAAAAAUCAUGACACAUUGGAUUUGUGGAAUCUUCCUUUGAUUAAGAAUAGAGAAUUGCCUAUACAUUUGGUGAUAUUGACUCAUGGGUUACAUUCCAAUGUAUCUGCAGAUAUGCUUUAUUUGAAGGAAGAGAUUGAUAAAACUUCUUCGACUAAAGAGAGCGUGGUGGUGAAGGGUUUUUUUGGUAAUGUAGGUAAGACUGAACGUGGGAUUAAGUAUCUUGGAAGUCGAGUGGCAGAAUUUGUGAUAGAUCUUGUGACAAAAAAUGAAGCCUUUAACCAAGGGAAGACAACAAAGAUAUCAUUCGUUGGUCAUUCCUUGGGUGGGUUGGUUCAAACUUUUGCAAUUGCCUACAUUGAAAACAAUUUCCCAUGGUUUUUUAAAUCAAUUAGACCAAUGAACUUCAUAGCAAUAGCGUCUCCCUUAUUGGGAGUAGUACACGAAAACCCUAUGUACGUGAAGUUGGCACUCCUGGCUGGAUUUGUUGGGAAGACGGGACAGGAUUUGGGACUAGUUUUCCUUGAAGGUGAGGGUGAACAGGCAGUCCCACUCUUAUAUUUGCUCCCGACGGGACCUACUCAUAAAGUAUUGAAAAGAUUCAGAAGAAGAACAGUGUAUGCAAAUACUAGAAACGACGGUAUUGUGCCGCUCAGAACGAGUGCCUUACUCUACCUCGACUAUAAGGGAGUUUUGAAGGUCAUGUCCAACAAUGAAAAGGGUACCAACAUGACAAGUAGUGAAAGUAAUGAAAAUGACCAAGAAGUGGCUACGAAGAUUCCUAACUCUGAAACUUUGGACUCUGUCAAGGUAUCCAACGGGAUACUGCCUGUACAAGCAAUGUUAUCAUUUUUCAUGCCGCAGAAGCAGUCGAACGCUAAAAACCAAUACCUAAAGUUCCAAACUGGUGGAGGUGUUGGAUCUGGAAGAGUGGAUGAGUCUGGAAGUGGUGAUGAAGGAAACGUGAUGGGAGCUGGAUCUCACAAUAGUGGUGGAGAAGGCUUACUUCGAAAAUCAUCCGUUUUGGAAACAGCUACAUCACUUAUUCUCCCUCCACUUCCAUCAUUUAAGUACAUAACCGACCCAGGGUCUAGGGAUGAUAUUAUAGUUCAUGACAAAGUCUACUACGAAAAGGAUAUACCGCCUAGAGCAGAGGAGGGUAAACUGAAGGAAGAGCAGCUGCUAGGCUUCGUAGAGAAAAUCAGAGGAAUACUUGAAGCGAAACCUGAACCUACUGUUACCACUGUAUCCGCUCCUGAAGAAAAUAAAAAUGACGAAUACAGCACUACUAGUCCAUCACUUCGUAAGAGAUUAGUCAAUUCUCUUGAUGAUGUGGAGCAUUUGGAGGAGGAAAUAGCUAGGGAGUAUCAUAAACAAAUGUCAUGGCGGAAGGUUUUGGUACAACUUCGUCCAGAUGCUCACAACAAUAUCAUUGUCAGAAGAAGAUACGCCAAUGCUUAUGGUUGGCCCGUGGUGUCCCAUAUUGUUUCAAAUCAUUUUGGAAUUGAAGAAUAUGAACCUCCUGUUGCAGUGAAGGAAACAGAGAGCCAAGACGAUUUAGAGGAUGAAGUUGACUUAUCCAGAAUUUUAUCUAGAGAUUUAAUAAGCAAACAGAAUGAAGAAGUCGACGAGGUAGAACUGGAAGUCAAACCGAAGGAAGCGAACCACUGGAUCAACUCCAAGGACGAUUCCGAGUCAAUAUUUGCUGUGGGCCCCACGGGUCUCUUAUCCGAUGUUAGUGAAAUGAUGGGGCUGUUGAAGGAUCACUGGUAUGGCAGAGUGACUACAACAAAAACUGAAAAUCCUGACACAGGAAUCAAAAAUGACAAUAGCCCAAAGCGGCCCUCGUUCAAACAGGAAAUAGACGAGCUGAGCGUCGGUCAAGAAUUGGAUAGCGAGCAAGGUGACUUAUGCUUAACAAAUCGAGUGGUGGGGGAGUUUGUGUGA